AUGAAGCAGGUGUUCUUCAGCCUGAUGGCCCUGAGCCAGGUGGGUCUGACUCAUAACAACUUCAUCGUGAUGGGCUGUACUGCGGGACCUGAGGCAGCUGAUGCAAGUAUGGAUAAGGCACGAAUUCGGGGCUGUACUGCGGGACCUGAAGCAGUUGAGGCUGGUAUUGAUGAGGUCCGAAUUCGGGGCUGUACUCUUGGGCCUGAGGCAGUUGAGGCUGGUAUUGAUGAGGCACGAAGCCCGGGCUGUACUGCUGGACCCGAGGCAGCUGAGGAGUGUAUGGAUGAGGCACAAAGCCGGGGCUGUACUGCUGGACCCGAGGCAGCUGAGGAGUGUAUGGUUGAGGCACGAAGCCGGGGCUGUAUUGGUGAACCCGAGGCAGCUGAGGAUUGUAUGGAUGAGGCACGAAUUCGGGGCUGUACUGCGGGACCUGAGGCAGUCGAGGCUCGUAUUGACGAGGCACAAAUUCGGGGCUGUACUCCUGGGCCUGAGGCAGUCGAGACUCGUAUUGACGAGGCACGAAUUCGGGGCUGUACUCCUGGACCCGAGGCAGUCGAGACUGCUGCUGAUUAG